UGGGGGUUCGAAUCACGAUUUGGACCAAUAAAAAAACGGGAUCGCUGGGGCCUGGGCUUUGCUAGGAGGGGCGCAGGUGGGCGUUAUUUGAUUGACGGAGGGCUCUGCUUAUGACUGGUAGUGGGGGCUGGUCCGUGACGUCCGGGAGGUAGGACCUGGCGGAGGCAGGGCCGAAUGAAGUAAAUGGUAAUGAAGGGUUGGGUCACACUUAGUGGGCGGUGUUUGAUGGACAGUUGACCUUGCCAAUUGAAAGUGGCCACUGAUGCCCAAUGGGAAAUUAGAAAGUCAGAGGCGGGGCAGGGUGGGCGGGGUAAACUAAGUACCGAGGUGCGGAGGGAGCCGCGCUGGGAGGGAGAGCGGUGAUUGACAAGACUCCCAGCAAACUGGAAGCCGCGAGAGGGUGCGCGGCAUCCCAGUGGGUGGGAGCUGGGGGCGGGGCUCCCUGAGGGGCGGGGAAGGACUAGGGUGCAGGGAGGGGGUUGCAGAAGGAGCCGAGCGGCUGCUGCUCAAUGGCGGAAAAGCCGCCGGUUCUCUGACUGCCUGGUUCCCCUAGCAGUUGCGGGGGAGUUUCCUGCCGGCGCGGCUGGAGUCUCUGAUUCUCAGGGUUGGUGGUUGGAAGAUGCUCCAGAGAGACGAGGCUGCGGCGGAGGAGGUGGCGGCGGCCGAAUCGGCAACGGCGCUAGGGUGGAGAGAAGGCGGCAGCAGCGGCGGCGGCGGCGGCGUGAGGGGCCCGGCGGUGUAAGCAGCCCCGGAGGCGGCGGUCGAGACCCCGAGGGGGAAGCGGCAGCUGAGGCAGGGUCGCGCCUCCGUUGGAAACUUGGGCUGAGUACCGCGGGGGGCUCCGCGGCGGGCGUAAGCGAGGCGCCCUAGAUCAAUCCUCCCUCCUUUGCCUCAGAUUUAUUGCUAAACAUGGGUGCAUUUUUGGAUAAACCCAAAACUGAAAAACAUAAUGCUCAUGGUGCUGGGAAUGGUUUACGUUAUGGCCUGAGCAGCAUGCAAGGAUGGAGAGUGGAAAUGGAAGAUGCACACACAGCUGUUGUAGGUAUUCCUCAUGGCUUAGAAGACUGGUCAUUUUUUGCAGUUUAUGAUGGUCAUGCUGGAUCCCGAGUGGCAAAUUACUGCUCAACACAUUUAUUAGAACACAUCACUACCAACGAAGACUUUAGGGCAGCUGGAAAAUCAGGAUCUGCUCUUGAGCUUUCAGUGGAAAAUGUUAAGAAUGGUAUCAGAACUGGCUUUUUGAAAAUUGAUGAAUACAUGCGUAACUUUUCAGACCUCAGAAACGGAAUGGACAGGAGUGGUUCAACUGCAGUGGGAGUUAUGAUUUCACCUAAGCAUAUCUACUUUAUCAACUGUGGUGAUUCACGUGCUGUUCUGUCUAGGAAUGGACAAGUCUGCUUUUCUACCCAGGAUCACAAACCUUGCAAUCCAAGGGAAAAGGAGCGAAUCCAAAAUGCAGGAGGCAGCGUGAUGAUACAACGUGUGAAUGGUUCAUUAGCAGUGUCUCGUGCUCUGGGGGACUAUGAUUACAAGUGUGUUGAUGGCAAGGGCCCAACGGAACAACUUGUUUCUCCAGAGCCUGAGGUUUAUGAAAUCUUAAGAGCAGAAGAGGAUGAAUUUAUCAUCUUGGCUUGUGAUGGGAUCUGGGAUGUUAUGAGUAAUGAGGAGCUCUGUGAAUUUGUUAAAUCUAGGCUUGAGGUAUCUGAUGACCUGGAAAAUGUGUGCAAUUGGGUAGUGGACACUUGUUUACAUAAGGGAAGUCGAGAUAACAUGAGUAUUGUACUAGUUUGCUUUUCAAAUGCUCCCAAAGUCUCAGAUGAAGCAGUGAAAAGAGAUUCAGAGUUGGAUAAGCACUUGGAAUCACGGGUUGAAGAGAUUAUGGAGAAGUCUGGUGAGGAAGGAAUGCCUGAUCUUGCCCAUGUCAUGCGCAUCUUGUCUGCAGAAAAUAUCCCAAAUUUACCUCCUGGGGGAGGUCUUGCUGGCAAGCGCAAUGUUAUUGAAGCUGUUUAUAGUAGACUGAAUCCACAUAGAGAAAGUGAUGGGGUACCUCAAAAUAUUAAGAAUUGUACCCACGGCCGGGCGUGGUGGCUCACGCCUGUAAUCACAGCCCUUUGAGAGGCUGAGGCGGGCGGAUCACUUGAGGUCAGGAGUUUGAGACCAGCCUGACCAACCAUGGAGAAACCCCGUCUCUACUGAAAAUACAAAAUUAGCCAGGUGCAGUGGCGCAUGCCUAUAAUCCCAGCUACUUGGGAGGCUGAGGCAGGAGAAUCGUUUGAACCCAGGAGGUAGAGGUUACAGCGAGCCAAGAUUGCACCAUUGCACUCCAGCCUGGGCAACAAGAGCGAAACUCCAUGUCAAAAAAAAUAAAAAGAUUUUUUUAUUUAAUAUAUACCAAGGAUAACUUUUAAAAUUUUUUAAAAAAGUGAUUACACAUAGUAGCUACAUAAACAGGGAGUAAAUAGGCAAUGGAACCAUGAAACUUGAGGGAGAUGCUCAAUAUAUAAACCUUGCCUUGGCCAGGUGUGGUGGCUCAUGCCUGUAAUCCAAACACUUUGGGAGGCCAAGGCCGGUGGAUCACCUGAAGUCAGGAGUUCAAAACUAGCCUGACCAACAUGGCGAAACCCUGUCCCUUUAAAAAAAAAUUAAAUAAAUAAAUAGAAAAUAAAUAAACCUUGCCUUAAAUAGAUUAUUUGACAAUAUAAAUGGGAUAUAUGUACUUAAUUACCUUUAUACAUAAAUGUUCUAUUAAUAUCAGAGGAUCAAACACUGACAGUAUAUCAUAUAGUAGAUUCAUAGAGGGAGGAGAUUAGAAAACAUAAGACAUGACCCCACCCGCGUGCUCAGUGCAGCUUGUACUAUAGUUAUAAAUACACCUUAAAUGAUCAAAAUCUUUCACAUAGCUUAGUAACAAAUAAAUGACAAAAUCUGGAAUGUGACCAUUGCCAUUUGAAUUGGGCAGUGAUUACUGUGAAAGUUCAGCUAAGUAGGGGAAAAGUUAACUUCUUAAAGAAAAGAUAGGAUUUGAAGAACGAUUUGAAUGGCAGAAAUGAGAUAAGGGCGAUGACCUUUCAAGUGGACUAGAGAGGCAAAGACAAAGUAUAAGAUAUCUUCAAAAGAAAGGACAUCUGUUAAGGCUAACACAGAGAACUACUGUGGUGAAAAAUAAGAAUUUAAGUUGCCCGAGGUAUUUGCUAAGAGACCAGCCUUUCGAACAUCAUUUUAGGGUAAGGAACUACCUUAGGUUUGGAGCAUAAGAAUGAUAGAUUAUAAAAAAAAAAUCUAUGGUAUUUUAAUCUGUUAACAAACAUUUGCCGUAUUAGAUUAAAGAGAUGCUGGCAGUCAGGUAGUUGUGAAAUAAUUGCAGAGACCAAAUGGUAAGUGUAAAUUUAUCAGUACAUAGAUAUAUGAAUUAAAGGAACUUCCCUUGUUUACUAAAAAAAACUGACUCUGCAGCCUAGAAUUCUAGAUGGGGAAAUAAUAUAUGCCUUUCACAGUAGUCACUACCUUAGAAAAAUGUUGAACCAUAAUUGCAAGUAGCAGAAAUGCACUGAAAAAUCUUUUAAAUAUAUUUCAGAAAGUAGAGUUGGGUAUAAUUUAGAAAUUAAAUAAUUUUAAUAUACAGAAAGGUUACUAUUUAGGGGAAGCUUCUUAAGUUGUUUACUAAAUUUGUUUUUUAAUAUGUAUUCCAUACUAAUCUAACUUUUUAGAAUGUGUUCUAUCUUCUUACUGCAAGCAAUAUUGAUAUUUUCCCAACUUUUAAAAUACAAAUUUGUGACAGAGUCUAGCAGAGAUGCUUAAUCUAGGGAUUCAUGAAUCCCCAGUAAUCUUUUGGAAAAUCUCCAGAAAAACCAAACUACAUUUUGCUGUAAGUUGUCCUUAUGUUAGGCAGGGCUCUGGGAUCACAGUCCUUCCCUUUUUCUAAAAUGCUAGUUUUUGUUUUAUAACUAGAAUAUAAAUUAUGUGAGAUCUGGGACGUUGUCUGAUUCAUUUAUGUCUAUAGUCCAAGCACGUAUAACAAUCUUAGCAUAUGGUGAGAGCUCAAUAAAUACUUUUUGGAUAGGAAAUAUUUGUAUUUAUUCAUUUCUAGUAAUUUGCUUAAGACUGUCCUUAAGUCCUAUAUUUAAAAAUUAAUUUGAGGUUACUAAUUGGUAUAAAGUCUGUAUUAUAGGGUUUUAUAUUUUCAUGCAAAAAAUUAUUUUCUUGAAAAAGACUCAUACGGCUUUUGAAUUAGUAUGCCACUGGUCAAGUAGUUGCACAAGUUGAUCAUUUUCCAAGAGUACAGUUGUGGAGGGAGGUGACCUGUAUUUACCCAGCUCCUACUUGUGCCAAGCUCCCUUAUUUUUACAUACACAGAGUCAUAAGUAAUCUUCUCAGCACCCUUCUUUUACACAUGAGACUUAGAGAGAUGAGGUAGCUUGUACAGGUCACAAAGCUAAAUAAAUCAUGCAGCCAGAAUUUGAAUUAGGCUGACUCCAAAGCCUGUUCUCUUUACAUUAUUCCAUGUGGCCUCUCUAAGGUAGUUAUAGAUUAUAUAUGUCUGUAGCCCACCUCAUCUCUACAAUCCAGGAAAAAUCAUUUCCUAUUCUUUUGUAAAUAUCAUGUUUAAUAGUCUUAAGAUACUCCAUUUUAUUGAUUGAAAUAGGGUCUUGUUCUUUAUUCCAAGCUGGAGUACUAUGGCGCUAUCACAGUUCACUGCAGCCUCAACCUCCCAGGCUCAAGUGAUCCUCCCAGCUCAGCCUCCUGAGUAGCUGGGAUUACAGGCACACAGCACCACACUCUUUGUGGACACUUUUUGUAUUUUUUAUAGGGACAGGGUCUCACUUCAUUGCCAGGGCUAGUCUUGAACUCCUUGGGGUCAAGUGUCUUCCCACCUCAGCCUCCCAACGUUCUGGGAUUACAGGCAUGAGCCACUGUACCCAGCCACAAGAUACUCUCUUUUUAAUGAUGAAUAUUUUAUGAAGUUGUUGAAAGGAAGCAGUCAAGCACAGUUCCUUGUCAGUUAUUUUUCACUUAAAUACACAUAUUUAUUUAUUUUAAUCCAAAAACUUUGUAAGGCAUUUGGAUCUUAGAGAAGGGGAGGAAAAAUAGGACAGAUAAGUCUCUUUUUGAGCCCCAAAGAAUCUCUGUAGUGUUUUCACAUUAUUAAAUUUUGCAUGCAAUCAUUUUUCUGUUUUACUUCAAACAGUUAAAUGCAAUAGCCAUAGCUGCUUUUACAUUUUUAUGUCACAGUUUUUAGAAGUAUGUGAAUACUAGUUUUUUCAUGUUUUUUAUUCACUUGUGAAAGCAUUGCUAUGGAGAAGACUUAUACUGUAUGAAAAUGCACUAACAUUAGUCACUAUGUUUUUAAGGUAUGAUUUGAUAUAACACUUAUCUUAGCUGUGCGAUCUUGACCAUUCGGAUGAUACUAAGGUUAUUCAUUAAAUUUGACAUGAUUCUUCAAAUAACAUCUAAUUCAUUAGAAUCUACAUUAGUCAUCAAUUUUGUCAUAUUUGAGAAUUUUUAGUUAAAAAAUUUUUUUUUUGUCUGAGAAGCAGAGCAUAGGACUCCACAAGAAACAUAUUUUUGCUAGUGUUUACUUUCUCUCCGCUAUUAUAAGUAAAUCAUUUUAAGAAUUUUGGUCAUGAUAUCUGUGUUUUCAAAGAUAAGUAAUUACUGCAAAUAAAUAAUUAGCUGGUUAAAUUUUAUUUUUUUUAAUGUGCUUAGAUUUCCCUCCUUCCCCCUCCUAUUACUACUCUCUGCUUGAUUUAUCUAAUUCAUCUGUCUUAUUUGGUAUAAGUUAGUAUUUUCAUAGUGAGAGAUUUUAUUUUUAAGCUCUGUUAGCCUAGCUGAUAGUAAAACCUUAAAAACAAAAACUAGGGUGGAUGGGAAAUGUCCUGAAUUCUCAUCUCAGUAAUUGCCUUCAGCUUACAUAAUAAUUAUAAACAUCCCAUCUGAUACAAUGUAUUAAUCAACAUAACUAGUGUCUUGAAGUUUUACUAAUUUUACUCUAUUAAGGAACUAUAUUCUAAACUUUAAUAUGAAAUAACCUGUGGUGUUCUAUAAUAAUUUCACCAAUAUUUCUUUAGUAAGAGUCUAUCUAUAUGAGGUACUUCCUAUGCAAAAAAUGCUACUCACCAUAAUGUAUUCAGCAGAGCAUAAAGAUAGACAUUGAUGUUAAUUAUACCUGUGCAUGAAUCAGAGCUCUGCCACUUACUAAGAUUGUCACCCUGACAAAUAACUUAAUCGCCCUGAGCCUUAGUUUCCUCACUUAUAAAAAUGAUAACUGGAGUACUUACUUUGUAGGGUACCUGUGAGGAUUCAGUAAGACUAUGUAUAUAAAUUUCUUAGCACAAAUAUUAAUUUUCCUUCCCUAGAUGAUAGGAGGACAUAGAAUGGAAUAUGAAAUUGUUUUUACUCUCAAAGAGUUUGCAGUGUUAAGUGGAGAGUCUUGUGAAGGGCUGCAAGGUAGAGUUAAUUGCUAUAAUAGAUGUGUAAAAAUAGGUGUGCUAUAUCAACUGUAUGAGUUCAGAUAAAGAAAGUGCAAGAACCUAGAUAAUAGGUUUCUCUUCUAAUAUUAAUGAAAGCCCAUGAGAGAGUUAUGUAACAGUAUUUUGAAAAAUCAAAUGUAAUGGCUGGGGAAGAGGUUUCCAUCGUCUAUUGUCUACCCAUAGUGAUAAGAAAGUAUAAUUUGCCCCAAGAUAAAAUAACUUUUAAGUGUGGUCAUUAGCUAAAGUUCUUCUCAAUUUAGUGAUUCUGUAAUGUCAGCCAUUGCAAAUCCAUCUCUACUUGAUUUACCAGUUUGGUUUUCUUUUUCUUUUUUUCUUUUUUCUUUUUUGAGACGGAAUCUCACUCUGUCUCCCAGGCUGGUGUGCAGUGGUAUGAUCUCGGCUCACUGCAACCUCCACUUUCCAGGUUCAAGGGACUCUCCCAUCUCACCCUUUCAAUAUCUGAGACUACAGGCAUGCACCACCAUGCCUGGCUAAUUUUUUAAUUUUUAGUUGAGACAGGUUUCACCAUGUUGGUCAGGCUAGGCUCGAACUCCCAACCUCAAAUGAUCCACCUACCUUGGCUUCCAAAAGUGAGGCUGGGAUUACAGGUGUGAGCCACCUUGCUUGGCCAUUAUUUGGUUUUAGUAUGUCUUUUAAAAAGCAACUUCUCUUCCCCAACUAUCACUACUAUAUCAAUUCACAGAAGUACAGGUGAUUAAUAAUGAAAAGUGUCAGUUUGAGAGUGAGAGGUACUUUAUCUGUUGAACUCACCAAAAUUGACCCAAAUAGAAUAAUCUUUCAUCCAACUUUAUUAAUAAAUCCACCUCUAAAUAGAGUUAUGCCAUUUAGUCUAUAUCAGUGAUUCUCAACCCUUGCUGUAUAUCAGAAUUGACUGUCAGGCUUUAAAAGAACAACCCAAAUCCACUGAAUCUGUGGAUUUUAAAAGGGAACUUUGGCAUGUAUGCAAUUUUAAUAGCUCCAAGGUAAUUCCAGUGUGAAACCACAGUUGAUAAUCACUUAUAUGUGUAAGCCACCUUGUUUGAGGCAGAUUUUGUUUUAAUGUCCUAUAAUUUUUUUUAAAUAAAAUGGUAGGGUUUUUUCUUUCUUUCUUUUUUGUUGGGGAGUUUUUUGGGGGAGAGGGUUGUAGGCUCUGCAUUAAAAGAUCUUUGUGAUAUACUGUAAAGUAGAAAAUUUCCUCUUAAAGACUGAUAAGGUUUAUCAUUCGAGUACACUUACCCCCAUUGUUCCAUCUCAACUCUUUCUGAAUAGAUUCAAAUGGGAAACUUUAUUUUUUAAUAUUUACUUACUUGAGACAGGGUCUUUCUCUAUUGCCCAGGCUGGAAUGUAGUGGGUGCGUAAUCUCAACCUCCUGUGCUAAAGUGAUCCUCCCACCUUAGCUUCCCAGUAGCUGGGACCACAGGUGUGUGCUGCCACACCUAAUUUUUAAAAUUUUUGUUUUGUAGAGAUGGAUUCUCCCUGUGUUGCCCAGGCUGGUCUCAAACUCCUGGGCUCAAGUGAUCCUUUCACCUUGGCCUCCCAAAGUGCUGGGAUUACAGGCAUGAGCCACCAGCCCUGGCUGAGAAAUUUUAAUUAGGGAAACAUGUUUAAAGUCCACAUAAUAAAUUUUGCAAAUUAAAAGGCAGUUAAUAUGCUUGUUGUAGAAAAUUGGAAAAUUCAAAGAAGAUAAAAUAUCUAGAACUCCCCUACCCAUUAUUAUUAUAUUGCUGUAUUUCCUUUCUUUCCAGGUAUUUUUCAUAAGCUAAAAUGAAUAGAUACACAGACAUGUAUGUACCCAAAAAACAUGGGCCAUACACAGUAUCAUCUCUUUUUUCUUUUUUUGGAAUUGGAGUCUUGCUUUGUUGCUUAGGCUGGAGUGCAGUGGGUGUGAUCUUGGCUCACUGUAACCUCCACCUCCCGUGUUCAAGCAGUUCUCCUGCCUCAGCCUCCCUAGUAGCUGGGAUUACAGGUGCCUGCCAGCACUCCUGGCAAUUUUUAGUAGAGAUGGGGUUUCACCAUGUUGGCCAGGCUGGUCUCAAACUCUUGACCUCAGGUUGAUCCACAUGCCUCAGCCUCCCAAAGUGCUGCAAUUACAGGCAUAAGCCACUGCACCUGGCCCAGUAUCAUCUCAUUUUUUGCCCGGAGGUCACUUCCUCCCCCUCCCCUGACAUGUCUGAGGCAGGAAAACAAGCACUAUUUUUUUUAAGAGGAUCUCUGUCGUCCAGACUGGAGUUCAGCGGUACGAUCAUGGGUCACUGAAGUCUCAACCUCCUGGGCUUAGUUCAGCCUCUCAUCUCAGUUCUCUGAGUAGCUGGGACUAUAGGCUCCUUUUAAAUGUUUUUUUGUAUAGACGGGGGUCUCACUGUGUUGCCCAGACUGGCUUUGAACUCCUGACCUUAAGCUGUCCUCUUACCCUUAUCUCCCAAAGUGGUGAAAUUACAAAUGUGAGUAGCUGCUCCUGGCCAUUGAGGGCAACUUUUUAAAAAAUAACAUUCAUGUGCACUCAUUUUGCUAAUAAAACAUUGCCAUUUAUUAUUUGGCUUCAGUAGUGUUAUCUUUGUUGCACAAGUAUAAUGUAAUAGUCUCUAAAGGUGGUUAAAAGUUUGUGUCAGAUGGAAACCUCCAAACAUAUUUAAAAAGGGAUAUGAUAUGUUGAAACAGCCGUAUAUCUUCUAUCUAGAUUCAGCAACUGUGAACAUUUUGCCAUAGUUGCUAUAUUUUUCUUUCUAUAUCUACUGUUGUUUUUUUUUUUGACUGAACCCUUUGAGAGCAAAUUGCAGAUACCAUAUUUUACCUGUAAACAUUUCAGCAUGCAGCUCUUAAAAAUGAAAACAAUUUUCUGCAUAACUGUAAUACCAUUACUAUACCUAAGAAAAUUAAUUUUUUAAAAAUUAAUUUUUAAUUUUGGGGUAUACAUAGUAGGUAUAUAAAAUAAUAAAUUUUAUAAUGUCAUCGAAUAUCGACUCUUAAUUUUCCCAGAAUGACUAUUAUAAUAGUUAUUUUGAAUCACAGUCUAAUUAAGUUAAGUCAUCAGUCAAGCACAUUAAACAAGUCUUUAAUCAGUCAAGCCCCCUCACCUGUUUUUUCCCGUUACACUGACUUUGAAGAGGUUGAGCCAGUUUUUUUAUAGUCCUUCCUACAUUAUGGAUUCAUAUGAUUGUUUUCUCAUGGUGUCUUUUAACUUGAUCCUCUAUUCCCUUUUUUCCUGUAAACUGGGAAUUAACAUUAUUAGAUUGGUUUUAAAUGUUUUUUGGCACAAAUACAGGACAUGACUGUUCCUUAUAAUGCAUCAUAUCAGGUGGCACAUAAUGUAAAGAUGUCUUGAUUUUAGUCUGUCAGCUUAACUGUGAUUAGCUUCGAUGAUUAGUGCUUGUUCUGUCUACAGUGUUAAGUAAUUACUAUUGUAGAAACCUGUAGAUUUUCCAAAAUUUAUUAAAAUAUGAAAGGAUUGAGUGGUUUAUUAUUCAUACUUAGAAUAUUUUCAUCUAAAGAUGCUUUUAUCAAAAUAUUUAAGGGCAAAAAGUAAAUAAAAUUUUUAUCCAUGAAAACUUUAAAAUCUUUCAAAAAUCUGUUUAAAUCUAUAUAGUUUUAUGUUUUAUAUCUCCUACUUAUCAUUUAGCAGAAAUGAUGAAGGAACUGUUCUGAUGGUCUGCUUUUCUGUCCUUUUCCUACUGCUUUAAACAUUAAUUUUCUUUUGUACUAAAUCAUAUAGCCAAUUAUUGUUUUUUUAAGUAAGUCAGUUUUAGGAAAUGCUUGUGUUGCUGUUUAAUUAUAAAAGCUGAGUAAAUUUCAGAUUAAACUUAAAAUAACUGAAAUAAGACAUAAACUAGUUAAUGGUAAUUUGCUAGAAAUGAUGAGAUAUUAUAAUUGGAAGUUUUUAUUGAUGCAGGUAAGAAUUGAUAUUUAAUAAAAUGUUCUCAUGCUUAGACUAUAUUUUUGGUAGAGAAAUUAGUGUUUUGCUGUAAUGUGUUAUGAAAUACAUGUGAUAUCCUAGUUUGUCUACUGACACUGGGGUCUUGAAUCUUAA